CGCGCCGGUCGACCGAGAACUAGCAUUCUCGGAAGCGGACAGCAGCAGAAGCAACAAGCAGCAACCACUUCCCGGCGGGAGAGGCAGCUGGAAGCCGGAGAUGGUCGCCGCCGCCGGAGAUCGCCUGGAUCUCCCCGUGGUGGACCUCGCGUCCUCCGACCUCCGAUCCUCCGCCGAAUCCAUCCGAAAGGCUUGCGUGGAGUGCGGAUUCUUCUACGUGGUCAACCAUGGGAUCGAGGAGGGGUUGCUGGAGAAGGUGUUCGCGGAGAACAGGAGGUUUUUCGAGCAGCCGCUGGAGGAGAAGAUGGCGCUGCUGAGGAACAGCAGCCACCUGGGGUACACCCCGCCCUACACCGAGAAGCUCGACGCCUCGUCCAAAUUCAGAGGAGACCUUAGUGAGACAUUCAAAAUUGGGCCUAUUGGAGACGAAGGUUUUCAGAAUGAUGCUAACCAAUGGCCUUCUGAAGAGCGCCUGCCAUGUUGGAAGGAGACAAUGAAACUGUACCGUGGAACCGCACUGGGUACUGGCAAACGGAUACUCUCUCUAGUUGCUCUGAGUUUGAAUCUAGACGCUGAAUUCUUUGACUGCCCAUUGGCAUUUCUUCGAUUGUUGCACUACCCAGGUGAAAUCAACGAGUCCGAUGAUGGCAACUAUGGAGCAUCAGCUCACUCAGAUUAUGGAAUACUAACCCUUCUAGCAACAGAUGGCAUUCCUGGGCUGCAGAUAUGCAGGGAGAAGGAUAGGCAUCCCCAGCUCUGGGAAGAUGUUCAUCACAUCGAUGGGGCUCUGAUUAUUAACAUUGGCGAUUUGCUAGAAAGGUGGACAAACUGUGUUUUCAGGUCUACACUGCAUCGUGUUGUGGCAGUUGGUAAAGAGCGAUACUCUGUGGCUUUCUUUCUUGACCCAGACCCUGAUUUAGUGGUUCAGUGCUUGGAAAGCUGUUGUAGUGAGGCAUGCCCACCAAGGUUCCCACCUAUAAAAAGUGGAGACUAUUUGGAAGAGCGCUUGAGCUCUACAUAUAAAUAAGGAAAAAUUUGCUACAUGACACCUAAAGUUUGUUGUUUUAGCCGUAGGACACUCAAAGAACGUGUAAGCAUGGUAAUUAUCUGCUGGACACCGAACACACUAUUUUAUUAUUAUAUUCGAUGCCAAUGGAGGGAGAAACAGUAAUGAAAGUACACAUUUACCCUUGUGUUGGUAAGGUGUGUCUAGUUCGAAGCAGCCGCUGUAAUUCUUAAUGCUGCUGCCCCAGCAGUAGCUUAAAUGUAAUGCAGCUAAUUACGUAUCAUAUUAUGUACGAUCAUGACUCAAAAUUAGUUAACAUUGGAAUGAUCUUUCCAGAAAUAAAAAGGAAGUUAACUCGCU